GCGGGGAGGCGGCCCCGCCCCGGCAGGCUGUGGCCGCGCUGCCAUGGGGCUGCCGAGGCUGCUGCCGGUGCUGGUGCUGCUGUGCGGGGCGGCGGCGGCGGCCCCGCCGCUGUGCAACGUUAGCCUGGACAGCCCCGCCGAGCAGCGCUGGCUGCCGGUGCUGAGCCGCUUCGAUCCCGCCUUCCUGCGCGCCGCUGUCGCGCGGGUCAUAGCUGAAAGAGUACCAAAAUGGGUCCACGAAGUUAUUCGUCCGAUAGCAGCAGAAUUGGAGUUCUUUAUGCCACAACCCUUUGCAGGGGAAAUCCUGGGACUGUGCAAAGCACUGGGAAUAAGUCUGGGAGAUGGAGUCCUGCUUAACUUCGCCUACGAAUCAACUGCGUUCUGUACCAGUAUUGUCGCUCAGGAUGACAAAGGAAAUAUUUACCAUGGUCGGAACCUGGAUUAUGACUUUGUGGAUAUACUAAGCAAGAUUACAAUUGAUGUGCAGUUUAUAAAAGGCGGGCAGAUUGCGUAUCAAGGCACCACAUUUGCUGGUUAUGUAGGCUUAUGGACUGGACAAAGUCCACACAAGUUCACAAUCUCCGGUGACGAACGAGCGGGUGGUAAAUGGUGGGAAAAUGCAAUAGCGGCUUUUCUGAAUCGGAAUUACCCCGUCAGCUGGCUUGUCCGAGACACCCUGAGCAGAGCAGAGGACUUUCAGUCAGCUGUUCUCAGACUAGCGGGCAUUCCCAUCAUUGCUGAAGUUUACUAUAUUGUAGGAGGUGUAUUGCCCAAAGAAGGCAUGGUCAUAACCAGGAAUAGAAGAGGGCCAGCAGACCUCUGGCCUCUUGAUCCUUUAGGUGGAGCGUGGUUUCGUGUGGAGACAAAUUAUGACCACUGGACUACCCCUCCUCCUUUUGAUGAUCGAAGAACUGCAGCCAUCAAAGCUCUGAAUGCUACUGGACAGCAGAACAUCAAUUUUGAUACACUCUUUAAGGUGUUGUCAGUGAAGCCAGUCUUAAACAAUAAUACAGUGUAUACCACAGUAAUGAGCGCUGCGCUGCCAGAGAAAUACCAGACAUGGAUCCGACCGGUGAAGUGAGAGGUGUAAGGAGCGUGCUGGUACUCCUGGCUACUU